AUAUUUGACAUAAUUGAAUCUACAACAGUACUGUUUUAGUACUCUAGUCUUUUAGGGUUCAUAAUUCGUAUAUAUUUACUUAAAAUAAAUAUACUAGAGCUAGGUCGGAUCAAUCAAGCGAAACUUAAAGCGACUACUAAAUUCUGAAAGUUGAUAGCACGAUGAAGGGAAUGACGAUUUUAAUUCUGGCAACAUAUUUGUUGAUAAAGUCGACGGUACUCGCUAAAGUGAGAAGGAAAUCGGGACCACUUGCGAAAGACAAGGAUAUCCAGACCUGUGAAGAAAUUGCUGCAACUGCUAGGUUCAAUCCAUAUUCGGUCUUGGAUGACGUAUGGGUGGUAUUCUACUAUUGGGGACCAAUUAUGCCAUUGAGGACUUAUAAAUUUGGCGUGCCAUCAAAACGCAACAAAGAGGUCCUCCAAAAAUAUCUAAACGAUUCGCGAGUGACGUACCCGAUCAACUGGACAAGCCCAAUGUUCGUCAUGACGGAGAAGUACACCAACCGUUCAGUCCUGCUAGUGCAGAUGGGUGACCGCGGGGAGUUCUUUAGUUACAAUAUAAUAACUAAAUGGAUAAAAAAUGAAAGGUUGAUACAUCCGGAAGAUCUCAAUUUCAAGCAAAUCGACAACGGAAAAUAUCUUGCUUAUAUAAAAUGUCUGGGAAACGAAACGUACAUGAUGAGUAGACCUCGUGACGUCCCGAAAAAGCUUGUAAUACAAGACGUGGCAGCCAAGAUGGGAUACCGAGGUAAAUUCGGAAAGUCCUACCUCUACCAGGGUCACCGGUGGGCGCCCAUUCCGGAGGACGACGACUUCGAUACAGAAAUGUUCUACCAAUACAAGUACAGUGACCAGAGGCCUUACCAUCGGCACGAUAUGCGACAGCUCCUUUCCUCGACCCUCGAUGAAACACACGUCAAAGAUGAUUACAGUGCUGACGACCCACGUCUGAUCAACGAUCGAGGUGAUGGGCCCUAUGGAGAUCAGCUCCACGUGCGAAGACAUGCUAGCUAUAAAGGUGGAUUAAACCUACAAGACGACACGCGACACGCCGAUAUACGAGUCGAAUCAAAAGACGUUAGUGAGCUGUUGAGUGAAUGACUGAAUAAUGUUGUAUAAACUAAAGACAGGCUGUCCAUGGAGUACACUACUUUUGUGCUAUUAUUAGCUUAUUGCCAGGUAGAUAUACCGCGUAUUCGAUUGACGAUAAUCCAUAGUUAGUACAUAAUAAUGGUAAAAUAAUUGCUAGUAAUAACGACUCUUUGUACUUACCGACUUUUUUAUUUAUAUAGUGAUUGCAAUGAUUGUAUUAUCAGAAAAAAAUAAUGCGCUUACAUCUGCGUAGGUAUUUUAUAAAACGCCGUAGAGAAAUAUGAGGAAAUAGAAGUAAUAAACAGUAAAGUAAAAUGUACCUUUAUUAGACAUAACUUGUCCAAAAGCAUAAUAUAAUAAGCACACAUAUGUAAUAAUUCCUAUGGGUUUAUAGUGGGAAUUGAAUAAUAAUAAAACUAAUGAGA